AUGGAGUCAUCACUGCAUCAGGUCUGGGAGAGCGCCGUCGGCAGUCCUUUUGUACCAACCGUCGGAAAGGGCAGCCAAUUCUUCCUGGGGUUUUCUCUCUUGACAAUUGGGUUUCUUCUCACUGGAUUAUUCGGCUUGAACCGUUCCGUGGUAAACGUACCAGUUAUUGGAAUUCCCGCCUCAGCAGCCUUUGCGUAUGUUUGGUGCAGUCUACAUGAUCUGUGCGGUUGGCGUUUAUGUAUAACAAACCCCUCGAUUAUCUAUCCAGCGACGAAUUUCCUACCACCGCUGAUUUACCUGCCAUCCAACCUCUCCAAUCUCGAACCAUACACAUAUACAGCAAACAAGAUGUCUGCAAUCGUCGAGGCAGAGAAUGGCCCUCCCAUUUUCAAGGCCGUAUCAAGUUCUGCUAGACAGCUAUUUCAAUUACUCAACUGCAUUCGUUUCGCAACAAAAGCACAAGUCCAAAUCAGCAAUGAAGGGCUGAGAUUUGCAGUCGAGGAAUCUAGGGUCAUGCAAGGCACUGUAUUCAUUGAAAAGGCCCUCUUUACCACGUUCAAUUGCAACCUUCCCGAAUCUGAUCCAUCUGACGAUGAGUCCAUCGGCCCCGAUCUCCCCAGUUUCCAAAUCUCUCUUUCCGCCCUCCUUGAGACCCUGCAGAUAUUCGGUGCUGCAGAUGCUAGCAAUUCGCGGAACUCCAAACCUGACAAUGAUGGUGGAUAUGGCAGUAAUAUUCGCGUUGGUCGUCCAAACGCAUUCAGCAAUCAAGCCCUUGGCAUGACAGGUGUAUGUCGUCUAUCCUACGCUGGCAUUGGUUCGCCAUUUAGUAUCAUUCUCGAAGAAUCAGGUGUAACUACGACCUGCAAUCUAAAUACCUACGAGCCAGAAAGUCCGGAAGAUAUCCCAUUCCAACGAGAUGCUAUGCAAGUGAAGAUCAUCAUGCAAGCUCGUUGGCUUUUCGAUGCUGUUACAGAACUUUCAUCUACCACUCCAAGUCGGCUAGACAUCAAUGCAUAUCCCGAAGCACCAUACCUCAGCUUGUCAGCAUCAGGACAUUUGGGUAGUGCGGCUAUUGAAUUCUCCAAAGGCAGAGAGUUACUGGAGACAUUCACCGUUGCCGAGAAGUGGACUCAGAGCUACAAAUUCGAGAUGAUCAAAGCAGCAGCUGAGGCAAUGAGAUUAGCCAGUAAGGUCAGCGUUCGUGGUGACGAGCAGGGUGUCUUGAGCUUGCAAUUCAUGGUUGAGGUAGAAGGGGGUGGUGUUAGUUUUAUUGAUUUUAGAUUUGUUCCUUUUCUUCGAGAGGAAGGAGACGAGGAUGAGGAUUCACAAAACGAGGAAGAUGAGUAUGAGGGCGAAGAAGGUUGA